AUGUCUGUCAUGUUGCGGAUGUAUAUUCUAUGGCAAUGCUGCUCACACCUUGGCAGAUGUUGAUGAUGUGGCAAAUUCUCAGUGAUGGUCUUCAACAUCAAACAUAAGUGGAAGAUAUUGAUUACAUCAGUGAAGUGAAGUUCUUAUUCAUGACUGGUUUAUUUUUAUAAAUAUUCCUGCAUUAGGGUCAAAGGUCAGGAAUUCUAUUUAACCUCUGCAUCAAGAAGAUGAAAUUAUCCUGAUCAAUAACUGAUAGAUAUUUAAAUAAAUAUAUUUUGUAAAGAUGUGACUUUGCCGAAAGGAAUUUCAUCAUCAGUAACAAAUUACAGCUUGAUGCCAUAGGAUUUACUGAUGUACUGGAUGAGAUAUGUAGACUUGAUAGGAUAGCUACUGCAAAAAAACAAAAAGAAAAACACCUGUUAUUUAGAAAAAAUCAAGGAUUCAGUAAUGAGGGAGCAUGGAAAUGUCUUAUGAGGAUGUGUGUUGUACUGGUGGUAUGUAUCCUGGUCUGCCUGCUUGUCCAACCUGGAGAAGUGAAAGGGUUUCAACAGUACUGUUUAGACCAGUCCUGUGGCAUACAGGCCUCGUAUCAAAUUGGCACAAAUGACUAUGAUGAGGUUGCUGUUGGGAAUAAGGAAAAAGUGGUGGAGACGUCCGUGCCAAGUACUCUGACCAUUGAGGUUAUGUCCAGCAAGACUUCGGCCUUCAUCUCGGUGGAUGGCACAACGGUUUUACAGGAUGAUGAACCUGACAAGUCUCGGGGAAUCCACAUUGCUGUCCUUAACCAGGCUACGGGAAGUGUGAUGUCCAGGACAUUUUUUGAUACAUACAGUGCUCAUGAGGAUGUGGCAAUGAUCAAUUACUUGACCAGCAUCAGAAAAGGGCGCAUCUUAAUAUUUACAAUCAAGGAUGAGGGGUCUCUGUCCCUGAAAAAACCUGCCCGUGAAUACCUGGGUGCUAUGGGGAGUGAGAAGAUAGAGUUCUUAGGCUACAGGGAUACCUGGUGCUUUGUAACAGUCAAGGGCAAAGGAAAAGUGAUAGGUGAGACACAUGCUAAGGCUCCAGACUUUUCUACCUGGGCAGAAAAAGUCUCUAUCCAAACCAAGAUCCCUCUGGUGGCAUUGAAAGAAAGUGAAUGCCCUUGGCCAGACACUCCAGAAAACAAGAGAAGGCAGACAUUUUGUAACAAGUUUGAGGGCUAUGGACCUACCUGUAGCUGUACAGACCCGGAGUCCAUCUCCUUCUUACCUUACCAUUUGGAAAACAACAAUAUAGCUGAUGUGCCUGUGGUGGUGAUCGCCAGCAAUCGACCAAAUUAUUUGUACAGAAUGCUACGCACCCUGCUGUCUACUCCUGGUGCUGAUCCUAAUAUGGUGACUGUGUUCAUCGAUGGAUACUAUGAGGAACCAUUGGCUGUAACCACACUGCUGGGCCUCAAAGGAAUACAACACACACCUUUAGGUAUAAAGGCAGCUAGGAUAUCACAGCACUACAAAGCUAGUCUCACAGCAAUCUUCAACCUCUAUAUGGAUUCAAAGUAUGCCAUUGUCUUAGAAGAAGAUUUAGAUGUCAGCCCUGAUUUCUUUAAUUACUUCAGCCAGACAAAGUUUCUGCUGGAGGAGGACCCCACAGUGUACUGUAUAUCAGCAUGGAAUGACCAGGGGUAUCAACAUUCCUGUAAAGACCCGUCACUAUUGUACCGGGUGGAGACUAUGCCUGGGCUUGGAUGGUUGCUGAAGCGAAAACUAUACAAGGGAGAGUUAGAAUCCCAGUGGCCGACACCAGAAAAGUUAUGGGACUGGGACAUGUGGCUGAGGACUAACCAUAUAAGGAAGAACCGUGAAUGCAUCAUACCGGACAUCUCUCGGACAUACCACUUUGGCUCAAAAGGGCUCAACAUGAAUCCAUACUUUCAGGAUGUUUACUUCAAAAAUCAUUCACUUUUAAAAACCCCAAAUGUCAAGUUAAAAGAUUUAGACAAAAUGAAAAGAGAUGAAUAUGAAGAUUUAGUGAAAAACAUCAUAAAGUCUGCAAAGACAUUAGAUCAUUCCAAAGAUCCUUGUUCCGAAGACUUUAUACCCAAAGUCAGCGAUGAAACAUUUGUGAUGUAUAUAACCAUGAACACUACGACAGAUUUUGUUACCUGGAAACAACUUGCUAAGUGCUACCAUUUAUGGGACUUGGAUGUACGAGGCUUCCAUAAAAGUAUGUGGCGACUUUUUAUCAAGGGAAGUCAUGUGAUAGUGGUGGGAGUUCCUGCAUCAGCGUAUUCACACUUGAAGCCUGCAGCUUUAAAGCCUCUCUACAUUCCAGAACCGCCCAAGAAAACAUAGUUAAUAUUGAUGGUGAGGUUGAAUAUUCAUGAAAAAUUCUGGAGAAAUUGCU